GUGACAGUAGACACUGACAAUUUCAGUGCGUCAUUUCGUGUGCUGUGUGUUGUUUUCCAGAAAAUCGAAUACUUUAUUUCUAGAAAUUGUAAUUGUAAUCAAAACAGACAAUGGGUGAAGAAGACGAAUAUGCAUGUGUUAACAGAUCACAGCUGAAGAUAAAAGAUAACUCUGGCAUCAAAAAGAAAAAGAAGAAGAAAGCUAAGAAGGAAACGGAGAAACUUAUGGAGAAUGAAGUCAAACAACAGGUUCAACAACAACAAACGCAGCAGCAUCAGCCAGUUGCUGUAGUAGUUAACACUAAGACUAAGGCUGAAAUGGCUUUCCAAAAGAUGCAGGAGAAAAUGCAAAAACAAAGAAUACAACAGAAAGCAGAGAUGACUCACAAACAGAGGGUAGAAAAGUUCAACCAGCAUCUAGACAGCCUUACUGAACACUUUGAUAUACCCAAAGUAUCUUGGACUAAAUAAAAUAGACCUAUUUGGAA